AUGACUCAGCCACCGCGGGCAGAGGGUCCCAGAGGGGCCAAGCCCUCCAGUCUGGCUGAGGCGGCAGCCAGCGCCCACCCUCAGAGCAGGAGAGCCACAACAGGUCUCAAGGCUCUGCGUUGCUGCUGCUGUGCCCCACCCCUCCUUCUGACAGCUGCCUACAGGAGGGUCUCAGGAGCCAGAGGGGCUGCGGAAGAGGCUCCAGGCAAGCGCCGCGCCCCAGCUCAGGGUAGAGCUGGUGAAGACGGGCCACCACGAGGGCCAGGGCCUGCCACAGUGCCUGCCCACCACAUGCCAGCUGUCCCUGGGUCCAUUGCAGCUGUAUCAGGGUUCAGCGGCCCUGGUUCUGGCCCCUCUCCCAGCGCAGCAGCCCCUGCCCGCCAUGCAGCUGUUGUCUGUGGCUGGAGCCAUUCCUGAGUCCUGUGGCUGAGGCCACAGCUCGUGUUACUGCCGUGCCCCUCACUAGCCCCAGGAGGUCCCAGAGCCUUUGCUCCUAGGCUCCUGGGUGCAUGGGUGUCCUGCCCAGCUCUGGCCUGCCUGCCCCACCCCCAACACCUACAGUUGGGGCUGGCAGGCCCUGGUGGGGCGUCUCUGCCCGGCCCCCCAGUGGUCCCAGAUGGGAGGCCAGCUCUGUAGCUGACUUGGGCAGUCCUGACCUGUGCCCUGCCAGUGCCCAAAUUCUAUUUUGCAUACACGCCAUAGCCCAUACCCACAGUCUGGCACAGGCUGCAGGAGGCCCUGGGGCUUGGGGAGACCCCGGGAACUGCAAGAGAGUGUGGCUACCCCCCAACA